AUGGAAAAAAGAGGUCUACGAUUCCAGUACAAAUGGUUGAAAGUGUUUCCAUGGCUAUCCUAUUCUGAAAAAUUUAAUGGGGCUUUUUGUAAGCACUGUGUGGUUUUUGCUUUUGCUGGUGGUAUUGGCUCACAACGCUUAGGCAGUCUUGUUUUAACACCAUUUCAAAAUUGGAAGAAAGCUACAGAUAUCAAACAGAAGAAGCAAAACAGGUUGAAAUUAAUUCCAAUCAUAGAAUGUAUUAUCCUUUGUGGAAGACAGGAGAUUUCACUCCGUGGACAUAGAGAUUUUGGCUCAAUCAAGUUUAAUAAUGAGUCUGACGGUAAUAAUUCUAAUUUGAAUGAAGGUAAUUUUCGAGCUAUUUUAAAAUAUAAAGCUAAAGACAUAGAUUAUUUAAAAAAUCAUCUAGAAUCUAAGUCUCGGAACAAAUACAUCAGUCCUCAGAUACAAAAUGAAAUUAUUACCAUAUGUGGUGACCUGAUACUAAGUAAACUAGUAAAGAUGGUAAAUUCAUCUCAGUGUUUUUCUGUGUUAGCUGAUGAGACGACAGAUGUGUCAGUUAAGGAACAGCUUACCCUGUGUGUUCGUUUUGUUAAUGGUACCGGAAAAAAUGCUAAGUUAUGUGAGUUUUUUUUGAAGUAUGUUGAAGUACAUAACUUAACUGGUCAGCAUUUGGCUUCGACUAUUCUUGAACGUUUAAAUUCUUGUGGAAUUGACUGCUCUAAAAUGUAUGGCCAAGGUUAUGACGAGGCAAGUAAUAUGUCAGGGAAAUUUAAAGGAGUACAGACUAUAAUACGAAAUAAGUAUCCUAGAGCAUUAUAUGUUCACCGUGCUGCUCAUACAUUGAAUUUGGCAGUGUCUUCAUCGUGUGAACAACAUAUACUAUUGGAAGCUAUUGCUAAUAGUGAUCUUAAUCCAUCAUCUAAAUCAUUAAAGCGUUUGUGUGCAACACGUUGGGUAGAGAGGUAUACUGCUGUCAAUGAUUUUGUUGAACUUUUUCCAUGUGUUGUUGAAGCAUUGGACAAAAUAUCAACCACGUUUAAUGAUAAAUCAUCAACUGACGCCAGUAUGUUGGUAAAAUUCAUGGAUUCCGAGUUUUUAAUUGCUCUUCAAAUUGUUAAGGUGGUAUUUUUUCAUGGUUUACCUUUGUGUAAAUGUUUUCAAAAAAAUGAUAUUGAUUUGAAAGAAACCGUACAGUUAGCAGAGUGCAAUGUAUCUAUGCUUGAGGAUUUGAGACAAAAUAUUGAAAAAGAAUUUAAAUCAAUGUAUAACGAAGCUGAGGUAUACUAA